AUGUCUCGAAUUAUUCGCCUAAAUACCAAAUUCGAUGAACUUCAAAGCCUUAUCACAGAGUAUGCAGACAUUUUCGAUAAAAAAGUUGUUCCUGUGAAAAAUAAAGUUGUUACGUUGCAUUUGAAAGAAAAUGCUAAGCCUGUUUUUCAACGUGCUCGAGUCGUUCCAUUAGCUUUGGUGCCUGCUGUCAAUAAAGAAAUCGACAGAUUGGUUGCUGAAGGAUUAUGGGUAAAAGUAGACUAUUCCGAAUGGGCUUCGCCGAUCGUUCCGGUCCUGAAAAGUAACGGAGAUGUACGUUUAUGCGGCGAUUAUUCGGGUACUCUCAAUGACCAAUUGCACGUUACUCAGCAUCCGUUUCCACCCCCCGACGAAGUAUUAGCUCAUAUGGCUGGCGAAGAAUUCACUACUCUCGAUGUACGAACAGCAUUUUACCAUAUGCUGGCUGAUUACGCGUCAUCAUUGAUGAUGGUGUUAAACACGCUUCGAGGUUUAUUUCGUCCUACGUGUAUCCAGUUUGGUGUUGCUUCAGCGUCGGCGGAAUGGCAAGAAUUUAUGGAUCGAAUUUUCCGAGAUCUGUGCAUGAAAGUUCAUGACGAUUUAUUCAUGACUGGUAAAAAUCGAAAGGAACACUUGGAUCGACUCAGAAAAGUGUUUCAAGUAUGCAGAGAAUUUGGCGUUCGUUUGAAUUUCGAAAAGUGCAAAUUUUUUGAACCGAAAGUGACUUUUUUGGGUUACUGUGUCGAUAAAAAUGGAAUUUCGAAGAAGCCGGAUAAAGUAGCUGCCAUUUUAGAAGCGUCGAGACCAACAACUGUUACAGAAGUAAAAUCGUUUACUGGUAUGGUAAAUUUUUAUGCCAAAUUCUGUAGUCAGUUGGCUUCCAUUGCGCAACCGUUAUAUGAAGCUACCAAAGGCAAAACCGGCAAAGAUGCUAUUAAUUGGAAUAGUAAAUGCCAAGUUGCUUUCGAUGCAAUAAAACAAGAGAUCGCAUCACCGAACGUGUUAAUUCAUUAUUCUCCUAAGCUUCCAUUGGUGUUAUCUGUUGAUGCAAGUCCAGUUGGUAUUGGCGCAGUAUUGUCUCAUCAAGUUGGAAAAGAUGAGCGGCCAAUUGUCUUUGCGUCACGUGUGUUAUCUGCAGCAGAAAAGAACUACUCCCAGUUGGAUAAAGAAGCGUUGGCGAUAAAAUGGGGAGUUGAAAAAUUCUUUUACUAUCUCUAUGGCCGUCAUUUUACGCUGAUUACCGAUCAUCAGCCACUUGUGCAUAUUUUUUCGAAGACGAAGAAGCUGCCUGCGUUAUCCGCUACUCGACGUUUGCAUUAUGCGAUUUUUCUGCAAAAUUUUGAUUUUGAUAUAAAAUAUCGACGUUCUGAGGAUCACGGUAAUGCAGAUUUUUUGUCAAGAUUUCCGAGAAAUGUCAAGGAAGCUGUCGAAUUGUUCGAUCAAAGCGUAAAUCGAAUUCAUCAGCUAAUUUUUCAAGAUUGUCCACUGACAGUACGUGAAUUGAGUAAUGCUACCACGAAGGACAAAGAUCUGUUAAUCCUUCUUGAAAAACUUAGAUCUGGCGAAUCCUGCGAAGAUUACAGUCUACAUGAAGGUGUUAUAAUGAAAGGUGUUCGUAUUGUUAUACCAGAGAUAUUGCAGAACCGCAUUUUAGCCGAACUCCACCAGGGUCAUUUCGGUGUGGUUAAAAUGAAGCAAUUAGCUCGUACUACGGUAUUUUGGAAGAAAAUUGAUUCUGACAUUGAACAGAUGGUUCGCAAUUGUGAAUCUUGUAUUGCCUUUCGACCAGAACAGACAAAGACGAAAACCCACUUCUGGGAAUAUCCUGCUACGCCUUGGGAAAGGAUACACGUCGACUUCGCAGGUCCAUUCCAAGGACAAAUGUUUUUAUUGGUAGUGGAUGCGCAUAGUAAAUGGAUAGAAGUAGAAAUCGUUCCUACAACAUCAACGAAGGUAGUAAUUUCGGUACUACAGAAGUUAUUUUCAACUUUUGGCAUUCCGAAAGUUAUUGUUUCAGACAAUGGUACUGCCUUCACGAGUACAGAGUUCGAUAAAUUUCGCACAGCUUAUGCAAUUGAUCAUAAAACAUGUGCUCCAUUUCAUGCAGCGUCAAAUGGACAGGCUGAGCGUUUUGUUUAUACCUUAAAACAAAGCUUACGUGCGUUGAAGAAAGAAUCAGCAGAUACCGAUAGUCAAGCUGCAGUUCAAGAACGUUUGAAUAAGUUUUUAUUUGCUUAUCGUAGAGCUCCGAGUAUUGCAACUGGCCAAUCACCAGCCAAGUUGAUGUUAGGUCGUGAGCUGCGUUCGUUAUUAACAGUUUUCCGUCCAGAUUUGAAAUCUCGAGUUGACAAAAAUCGAAAACAAGUAUCCUUUAAUGAUCCGGAUUAUAAGGUUUCCGAGAAAGUUGCUGUUCGAGAUUAUUCCUCACGAAAUCAACGUUGGGAGGUUGGUACAGUCAUAAAUAAAGACGGAGUACUGAACUAUACUAUUCAAUUGCCGGAUAGUCGGUUGGUUCGUCGACAUGCCGACCAAAUGCGACCUGUUGGAAAUAAUGUUAUGAUGAGUACACCGUCAUCAGUCCAACAGCAGAUUCCACCAACGAUGAGGAUUUCACCGAAGAAAUCGCCAUCAGUUACUCCGAUGACUCCUGCUAAACCUGCUACUGUUCAAAACCAAGCAGAACCCGCUAUAGAAGUUGUCGAUGCAUCAUCUACGCAGCCAGCAAAAGCUGCGUCUCCGAUAGUUGGGCCAAUUCCUGUAAGAAGGUCCGAACGAACAAGAAAGGUCCCAGACCGUUUAAAUUUGUAA